AUGGCGCCGCCGGUCGUCCCUGGGAAUCGACCGGCAAACAAAUCAUCUAAUUGCUUGUGGGUAAGGUCCGAUUCGCUGGUGAAAGUUCGUAUCCAAGCUCGCGGCUUCAUGGAUCGAUCAUGUUUAUCACGGCAGGAUGCGUGGAUCGUUGUCCCACUGCCACCAAUAAUCAUACCAAAUUUGUGCGGCAGUGCAAGGGGACAACUUACCACGGUGAGGGUUCAGACACAGGGCGAACGCCAUCCUCGUAACCUCGUUGCAGGAAGGACGGUUGUUACAUAA